UCCCCAAAGACCACGGCGACCCGAAUGCUGCUACUCCGAAAGCACGGUCCUGCCUUCCUGCUCUACUGCCCUCGCGGGCGUGGCCGGAGGCGGUAAAGCGAGAUUUUUUUUGCCGGAAGCCUCACUUGGUGUCUCGUUGCGUUGCGGAUUGAUUGCGCCUUCGGCGACGCCAUGCCCAAGUGCCCUCGUUGUCAGAAGGAGGUCUAUUUCGCUGAAAAAGUCACCUCCCUUGGGAAAGAUUGGCACCGGCCAUGUUUGAAGUGUGAAAAAUGCAAGAAGACUUUAAAUGCAGGUGGCCAUGCAGAGCAUGAUGGGAAACCUUAUUGCAACUACCCCUGCUAUGCCGCACUGUUUGGACCCAAAGGAUUUGGCCGUGGAGGUGCUGAAAGCUACACUUUCAAUUAAAACUUAGGAGUAGAAGGAUGAAUUUUGCUGAUUCCAGGCGGAGUUCAUAAGUAUAACCACACGGUGUUUUUCACUAGAAGUGAAUAUAAUGAAGACUUCAAAAAGGGAGAGGGGGGUGAUAAUUGAAUCGGGGGGUUUCCUGUUUAACAUAAGUUAAGAAAUAUAAUCAUGUGGAAACUAGGAAAGAAUAGCAUCAUAGGAAAGCGUGGAAGUUUUAAAAAAAUCAAAACCUGCUUUAGAACUUUCCUUUUACUCUUACUUUUCUAAUUUACAAAUAAAAUCUUAAAUCAAAAGAGGCUUGCAGAUACCAAUGAAUCAGAAAAUGAACAUAAGCACCUGGGAAAUGUGGUAUUUACUAAUGUUCUUUAAGAAAGGAUAUGCAAGAGUGUCUUCAGAAUUAUUUUUAGUGAACUCAAGUUAAAUGAACACUUAUUGCACCCUGUGAAAUUUGCAUUUUGAAUGUAAAUUUGCAAUUCAGACUGAAACCCAUUGGGGAGCAAUUGGCUGAUUGUACAAUCAACAACCAAAUACAUAAUCUGCAGAACAUUGAUGUAUAUUUGUGUUAAAGCAUUCUGAGAGAGGCUGGUUCAUUUUUACUCAGCAUUAGCAAGGUAUUUAAUUUACUGUACAAUAUAUAUAUUAUAUAUUUUUCAGUGGGUGCAAUUUGCAGUAGAAAACAAGUGAGGGUAAUGUACUGUUUACCUGACUUUCCCUUAGCUUCUUUAGCUCCUUUUUGUCAGUAUAUUUUUUUCAUGCCUAUAUCUAUAAACUAGCAAGUGUAAGCCUCUGGUAAGCUUAAUAUGAGUUUGACUUUAUUGAAGCUGAAAAGUGUAUGGUAGUACCGAUGGGAUCCAAAAUGGCCCCAAACGCAUAGCAAUCUAGCUAUGUUUUAAGAGAUAAAAAAGAAGUCAAUUAUGGGAUUUACUGAUAUUUUCAUUUUACUUAAGUUAACCAGAUUAUGUGAAAGUAGUUGGCUUCAAUUCAGAUGAGAGAUGUUGUACUGAAUUAAAGAAACAAUUUUUUCCUAUUCAGUACAGUUUUUAUAAUUUAAACAACCAAGAAUAUUCAGUGAAGGGAUGCUCCCAUUCUUGUAAAAGAAAUGCAGAAGACAAACACGAAGUGAAGCUGUUUCUGAUUGGAAUUUUAGCAUUUGGAUUUCCUGAGUCUUUGGCUUUCAAUAUCUCUGCCCUGGUUUGAAUAAAAUAAUUUCUUUAAUUA